GUCCGUGGCCAGGUUUAUUAACGGAGGCUUCGUUUACCUAUCCUAUGUACGAACCAUUCUAUGUACGAAUUUAAUAUACUACUUUAUUUUUCCUCGAUCACAAAUUAAUCUAAGCCGUAUAACGUGGGUUCCCUGUGGUCAAUAUCGAGAGAAGUAAAUAUCCACUACACUACUGGAUGAAAUGCUUUGUUAGCGUCCCAAGUUACCUGGAAACUUGGUAUCUAUUGCCACGACAAAUGAUGGAGCAGUCUUCUCUAAGUACCCUUGAAAAUAUGGCCUCGGAACUGUCUGUAGAGGAAACUGCAAUAGAAGUAGAUCUGAGAAACGGGCAAACGCUCUAUCAUCCCCUUGUGUUAUUAGAAGGAGAUUGCCAUAGAAAGAAGAAAAAUGAAAAGAGCAAGCUUUAUGAGAAAACCCAACAUGUCGACAAGUUUUCAGUCUCCACAAAGGACAAAUAUAGUUCAUCAUCAGCCAUGGAUCAUGUUCUCGUAGAAACGAGAACUAAGUGCACAAAGUGGCCCAUAGUGGAUGAUGCAUUUAAAGCCCUGGUAGUUUUAAUCCCUGGAUCUAAUCUCCUUAAAGUCAAGGUCUGCUUAGACGGUGAAUGGAGGCACAAGGAAUUAAGUCUGAUUUACCAGCCUUUACAGCUUGAAAGGUUUGUACGUGUUGUCUACAUAAAGUGCAGGGAUUCUGAUGGGACAUUUCAAGCUCCGCCUGGUUCUUCUUGUGACAUUGAUGUUGCAAGGCAGAAGUUGGCAUUUAAUGCAAGACUAUUGCAGUCUUUCACAGCCCACAAUUUGUAUAAACAUGGACUUGGAUAUCAAACAUUUAGACUAGAGGAGGACACAGAAGGAGAGCCAUUGGUCCAUGUCUUCACUACUGCUUUAUGCAUGGAAGAGGCUCUUGCUUUGAGUGGAGGACAAUUGUAUGACAGAUUUCACCAAGAGUUGGUGAAUUCAAGUCUCUAUGACAAAAACUGCAAACUGUGGGCCUUCAUGUCAUUUACAAGAUAUAACCCUCCUCUCCCAGAAGAAUUUAAUGAGAAAGACAUUCCAAUGUAUGUGAAAGGGCAUACAGCCCUAGGGGGUGGUAGUUUGGCUCUGUUUGGCACAGGUGGACUUCAUACAUGGGCCUCGUGUAUUGAGGAGGUGUGGCCCUGUUUUACGGACACAAGGAUGAUUGACAAGAGGACACUGUUUGAUGACAGCAGCAGAAGGGGGACAUACUGGGCAAAUUAUGCUACAUGCUUGGGCGCAGCCAUGCAUGAGCUUGGACAUUGCUUUGACCUUGCACAUACCCCUGCAGGUAUCAUGGGCAGAGGGUUUGACGAUAUCAAUCUUGUGUUUACGCUACAGACUACGCUACAGAAAAAGUCCUCAUCUGGCUCUGGUGAGAUUCACCAUAACGAAGUGAAACCUACAUUCAAUGAUAGCAAGCCUGAUGAUAACAAAGCAUCAGAGCACAAUGUCAAAAGAUUGAAAGUAACGCAUGACGCAGGGUCUUACCAAUCACAGGACACUGCUGCUUCUCUUUUACCCCCUGAUUGGACCAGCCAAACAUCUAAUUUCAGCACACAGAGUGCUGCUCAGGAAGCUUGUACCAGCCUACCCAGACCCAUAUCAGCAUUGUCCAGGCCAGUUGUCUGGUCACAUGGGGCUCACUGGUACAGAUCUUCGGCUGUGGUGCUGCGUUAUCACAAAUGGCUUUCAUCAGCACCUUCACAGGACAACUUCAAGAAACACAAUCCCGUCGUGCAUUGGGGGCAUGAUGUGUGUGGCCCUGUUGGUAACUGUGGAUCGUUUGCUCAGCCUGACCAAUCACCCUUUAACGACAGAACGUGGCUAGCCAAUCAGGAAAUGGAGCUCGAUGGUUACGUGAUAUUUGCUAAUAAAUACGUCAAUUUUGUUCAAACCCUUGGAAAAGAUAAAAAGGAAGGCAAAGUCAUAUCUCAGCCUCGAGGUACUGAAGCAGCUGGUCGUCGGUAUGUUUUCCAGUUCACGUCUCCCGAUGAACGGCUCACGUCCAUAGAUGUGCGAGCGGGGGGCUGGGUCGAUGCUAUAAGGCUUCAUACUAAUUUCAAGUCUUCUGUGUGGAUGGGCGGUUCCGGGGGAGACUUGUACGAACUAAGACCACCGGAAGGUAGACGCAUGGUCGGGUUGUUUGGCACCGCUGGAAAGUAUGUUGGCUCAAUUGGUGCUCUGCUUGAUAGUCACAAACCGUCAGAAGAUGAAGAUCUCAUCAUUGAGUCGCCACGAGGUCUUCGGUUGGUUGAGCUGCAGAAUAAAAAGUACGGAGAAGUGUACAAGCAUUGGGAGUUCUUACAAGAUCCGCCUUCACGUCUCGCUCUGCCCAGGAAGGAUAUAGUCCAGGACCAAGCGACCAUCCAGAUUAUCGACGAUGCUGGGAAUAUUUGCCGAGCUGGGUGUGGGUAUGAUUACACGGACGUCUUGGCAGGGACAGUUCCUGCAAGAGUUUCCCCACCUAUCAAUUCCUCUGACCCUUGAACGGUCGUGGCUCAGUUCCUGCAAGAGUUUCCCCACCUAUCAAUUCCUCUGACCAUGAGAGUCGUGGCUCAAACGACGAUGUAGAUAAUGGUGUUUGUAUUUGCCGAAAAGGGUGUGGUUAUAACUCGUCUUAUCUGGAGAGUUGCGGCUUAAUGUCAGGCGACGACGAUUAAGAUGGUCGAAGAUGCAAGCAGUGGUUGCAGAAAGUGCGCUUUACUACGCCAAGACUCUGAGUAUAGUGACAGGGAUAGUUUAUUUGAGACUCUUAUAAUCAAUGAAUAAAUGAAUGAAUAAUACAAUUUAAUUUUUCUAUCACCAUUUCCAUGGGCUCAAUUUUCUUCUUUUAACCUGGAGUGGAUAUUGUCCAGGAUUACUUAGUAAGUAGAGACCCAGAUUAAAGAGAACGAAGGAAACUCAUCCUUCCAAAUCCUGGACAGAAGAACCGAAGGGGCUGGGGUUUAUGCAAAUCAUUUUCAGUGGGAAUCUGAGUAAUUGGCGAGUUCGGAUAGAUUCCGUUUCUUUUUGGCAUAAAUGAACUCAAAAUUAACCUGAAGACAUUUUUUAUUAUAUUUUUUAUUCCUAUUUUAAUGUGUCCCGAUUGGUCCUUUCUUUAGAUUUUGUGAUUAUACCGAUGAUUAUAAUUCUCAGACCCACUGAAAAAGACCGCGACUCUUCGACCUCCCGAAAUUUGAGAACUUGUAGAAUUAAUCCAUGUUUGUAACUUUAUUAUGAUAUUAUCAUGUUAUUUAUAUGAUGUUUAUUAUUA